AUGGCAAAAGAAAAGACUACAAAAAAAUCCACUACCACUAAAAAACUUACACCAUACAAUAAAUUUAUGAAAACUGAACUACCUAAAGUUAAAGCUGAAAACCCAGAUUUACCACAUAAAGAUGCCUUUAAAUUAGUUGCUGAACGAUGGAAAAAUUCAACUGAAAAUCCUAAAAAUGCGUCAACUAUAUUGAAGCCUUUAUCUAAAACAAAAUUAAACAAUAUUCAAAAUUUACGUCAAUUUACUAUCAAGUUGGAACAAGAUGGUGCCGGAACUUCUGUUGUCUUUGAUCAAAACUCUGAAGGUCCUAUAGUUAAAAAUCAUUGGCAACCAUAUGGAGAUAAUGAUACAUGUUCAAUUUCCAACUGUAGAAAAUCAUUGAAUAUUUUAAGUGGUAAAAAUAAUUGUCGAAAUAAACAAGCACAACAUGAUCCUAUUAAUGGAACUUUCUUUCGUGUGUGUGAUGAUUGUUUUGUAUCAAGAGAGGGUUAUUUUGAUAAUGAAGGUGUUAUGAGAAGUCAUACUGAAGAAUUUAAUAAACAUCGUACUAAAAUAAUCGAAAGAGCUCAUUUGGAAGAAAACCGAUUAGAAAAACGAUUAGAGAAGUUGACAAAAUUAUAUGCAUCGCAAAAUAAAAAUUCUAUUACAGCAAAAGGUGUUUUGAAAAAUUCUAUAAUAAUUUCAAAUAAAAAUCAACGCAGAUUGUCUGAACAAUCUGUUGUCAAAUGGGAAGAUGACGCGUCAGUGGCUAAUUGUCCACUCUAUUCAUCAGAACAAAUUUCUGUUGGUGAAGUUAGAGUUUGUAAAAAAUGUCGUUCAGCUGUACUUAGACGAAAAGAAUAUAAUGAAGAAAUUUCAAAGACUCCUCCUGUGAUAAUGCUUUAUCAGAAAUUGACAAAAAUCAGAUCCGCAAUUGAUUUGACUUUGCCAAAAUUUCAGGACAUGAUAGUCAUGAGCCAAGAAAUAGUUAAUCAAACACACGCUGAUUAUCAAGUCGCAGCAAAAACACGUAAAGAAUUACUGGAUAAUUUUGCUCAAUUUGACGCGAUCAGCAAAGAAAUUAAAACCUUAACACCAAAAUCUGAAUCUGUAAAACGUUUACAAUUAAAUAUUCAUUUGGCUGCAAGUCAAUAUCUUCAUCAAAAUAUGUUGACACUUUCUGUAUUACCCCAAAUGUUUAAAAGAAAGAAUAAUAGCAGUAAGGGAAAUGGGAAUUCUGAAGACGAUGAAUCGUCGUCUGUUUUUUCAGUAUUUUCUGCUAAUAACGGCGUUGAUGGCAGAACUCGUUCGUUUUCUAAUUCAUCAGUUAAAAAAGUAGGAGAAAAAUUAGAUGAACAAUUGGAAGUUUUACAACAACAAGAAAAAUUGGUUCUAGGUUAUAUUCAAGAUGCAACCAGGAGGCGCAAAAUUGAUGAUGUUAAAACUUUAAAAGCGUCAUUGGAUGAAUUGAAAGCUGAAAUUAAUAGAAAGAAAGCUGAACUUAGCGGUGAAUUAUAUAUGGACUUGAAACAAUAA